GGAGCUCAACGGCAACAACAUCACGCGCAUCAACAAGAAUGACUUUGCUGGGCUGAAGCAGCUCCGUGUCCUGCAGCUGAUGGAAAACCAGAUCAGCCUGGUGGAGCGUGGAGCGUUUGAUGACAUGAAGGAGCUGGAGCGGCUGGACCUGAGUGAGAACUUCAUCCAGGCCAUUCCCAGGAAAGCUUUCCGUGGAGCCACUGACCUCAAGAACUUGCAACUGGACAAGAACCAGAUCAGCUGCAUCGAGGAUGGGGCUUUCCGCGCCCUGCGGGGACUGGAGGUCCUGACCCUGAACAACAACAAUAUCACUUCCAUCCCUGUGUCCAGCUUCAACCACAUGCCCAAGCUGCGGACAUUACGUCUGGAGCUCAAUGGCAUCAAGUCCAUCCCCCCAGGCGCCUUCUCCCCGUACAAGAAGCUGCGGAGGAUAGACCUGAGCAACAACCAGAUCUCAGAGAUUGCCCCCGACGCUUUCCAGGGGCUGCGCUCGCUGAACUCCCUGGUGCUGUAUGGCAACAAGAUCACAGACCUCCCCAAGGGCGUCUUCGGGGGACUUUUCGCCCUGCAGCUGCUGCUCCUCAAUGCCAACAAGAUCAACUGUGUGCGGGCAGACGCCUUCCAGGACCUGCAGAACCUCUCGCUGCUCUCACUCUAUGACAACAAGAUCCAGAGCCUGGCCAAGGGCACCUUCACUUCCCUGAGGGCCAUCCAGACCCUGCACCUAGCGCAGAACCCCUUCGUCUGCGACUGCAACCUGAAGUGGCUGGCAGACUUUCUCCGCGCCAACCCCAUUGAGACCAGUGGCGCCCGCUGUGCCAGCCCCCGGCGCCUGGCUAACAAGCGCAUCGGCCAGAUCAAGAGCAAGAAGUUUCGUUGCUCGGGGACGGAGGAUUACCAGCUGAACAGUGAGUGCAACAGCGACGUCAUCUGCCCCGCCAAGUGCCGCUGUGAAUCCAGCGUGGUUGAGUGCUCCAACCUGAAGCUCACCAAGAUCCCGGAGCGCAUUCCGCAGUCCACGACCGAGCUGCGCCUGAACAACAAUGAAAUCUCCAUCCUGGAGGCCACCGGUGUCUUCAAGAAACUCCCCCAUCUGAAGAAAAUCAACCUCAGCAACAACAAGGUGUCGGAGAUUGAGGAUGGGGCGUUCGAGGGGGCAUCCUCUGUCAGCGAGCUGCACCUCACUGUCAACCAGCUGGAGUCAGUGCGGAGUGGCAUGUUCAGGGGCCUGGAUGGGCUGAGGACCCU